AUGGCGCCGUGCGUGGACUCGGCGACCUACGCGGACCCCGUGUACGGCGACGGCUGCGCCGCGUGGGCCGGCGCCGAUUGCUCCGGCCGCGCGUUCUCGGCCGAGCUCGUCGCCAACUGCACCGCGGCGUGCGGCGGCUGCGCGCCGAGCGCCGCGCCGACGGCGCCGCGCGGCGACGACGGCGACGACGGCGACGACGACCUGAACUCGGAGAACGCGGUCAUGGUCGGCGGCGGCGUGCUCGUCGUCGUGCUCUGCGUCUUUUGCUGCUUCAAGCUGCUGCCGCACUUCGAGUACGAGCGCGCGAAGCACAACAACAAGCUCUACCCGGGCACGGUCAUGGUCGUCAAGCCCGCGAGCCCCGGCCGCGUGGCGCCCCUCAUGUUCGGGCCCGAGAGCUACGACAUCCCGACGCCGAACCAGCAGCGGAAGGCGUCGGAGCGCGCGACGAAGCACCUCAGCGUCGAGCACAAGAACCGCGUCACCGCGAUGAUCGAGCACGACCGGAAGCGCGCCGAGGAGCAGGCCAAGGAGGACCUCGAGCUCCUCGACGUCGUCCCCUCGCCCAAGGCCCCGGGCGAGCGCCGCUCCGUCGCCCGCCUCGUGCUGGUCGCUGCCGUCGUCGCCUCCUGGCCCUGCGACGACGCGAGCACGGCGGCGUGCCUCGAAGGCGGCGACGCGUGCGGCGCGACCUGCGCGACGCCGCCGUCCUUCACGCGCCGCUGCCUCGAUAGUUUCGUGCCCUUUCGCACGCCCUACUCGCGCGUCGCGUGUUGCCUGCGGCCCUGCUUCGCGCACCACGUACAGGCCUACGGCCUCGACGCAAACUGGCGGCGGUUCCGCGCCACGGAGGGCGCGGCGCCGGGCGGCAUGCUCGACCUGCUCGUCGCGCACGACGGCGAGUCGACGCUGCCGUUCGCGCCGCGGCGCCUGUCCAAGGUGCGCAACGCCUGGCUCAACGACCGCGACCCGAAGUUGAGGCAGGCCCAAUCGAGCCUGGGGCCGGAGCUCCGGCUCGACUGCCGCGGCGACGGCUGCCGCGCGGCCGACCGCCGCGACACGGAGCAGCGGCUCUGGAGCGUCGACCGCACGGGCACGCCGGCGACGAAGACCGGCGCGCCGGUCCUCGCCGCGGGCGACGUCGGCGACCUCGGCGGCUGGGUCGAGGCCCACUUCCCGGACGGCUGCGGGAGCCACAGCCGUUCGCAGCCCUUCGCGGCCUAUCGCGAGAUCACGCUCGCGUCUUUGUUCCACGCGGCCGCGGGCGACGCCGAGCUCACGCUCGUCACGUCGACGGACUGCGACCUGCCCCACGCGCCGCCGAAGCCGCUCGCGCGCGACGGCUUCAAAGGCGAGCGCUCGCUCCUCGAGACGGCCGCGCUGCGCGCGUGGCUGUGCGCGUGGUACACGACGAACCCGUCGGACCACGGCGGCGCCGCGCACGCCAAGCUCCGCGCCGUGCCCAUCGGCGUCGCGAACCGCGCCGCCCUGCUCGGGAGCCUGGACGGGCGCGAGGGCCUCGACCGGCGCGCGCGCGUCCUCGCGUGCUGCGCGUCUCCCCCGCGCUGCAUGUCGAGCCACCCGACGCCCGCGCGGCGCUUCGAGGCCGGCGCGCCGCCGGCCCACGCGUCCUUCGACAACCUCGGCCCCGAGCUCCGCGCGCGCUACGACAACGUGACCGCGCUUGUGUCGCCCGGGUCCCUCGCGUACAAGUACGCGCACUCGGGCUGGUCCGGCGAGGUCUACUCGCGCGUGCGCCGCUACGCGAUCCUCGAGACUUUGAAGGCCAGCGGCUUCGCCAACUGCUCCCACGGCGUCCCCCGGGGCGCGUCCAAGACCAAGCUCGCGGCCUACGCCGACCAGCUCCUCGCGUCGGACUUCGUCGUGUCGCCGCAGGGCAAGGGCCGCGCGUGCCACCGCGACUGGGAGGCCCUCGCCGCCGGCGCCGUGCCCUUGCUCGACUGGGACGCGUCGCCGGCCAUGGCGGACCUCUACGCGGAGCUGCCGGUCGUCCGCGUCCGCGACUGGCGCGGCGUGACGCCGUCGUUCCUCGCCGAUGCGCUCGCGGACGUCAAGCGGCGGGCCGCGCGGCGCGAGAUCGACAUGCGCCGCCUCUACCUCCCCUACUGGGUCGCGCGCUUCACGGAGCUCAUGGCGGCUGUGAAGUAA